UUUUUGUUAACGAUUGCGGUCACACUUGCGAAACUUCAAGAAAACAUUGAAAAUAUUUCUUUCGAAAAAUUAACCAAUUUUAUUCUAUGAAAACAUGAAGAUAAAACUAGUUGAUUCGGUUGUACGAAGCUUCAAGGUGGCAAAGAUAUUCCGAGAGAAUACCGACAAAAUCAAUGCGAUUGAUUUUGCUCCAAAUGGCGAGCAUUUAAUUUCAUGCAGCGAGGACGAUCAAAUUGUGAUCUACGAUUGUGAAAAGGGGACGCAGUCACGGACGGUGAACUCAAAGAAGUAUGGAGUGGAUCUCAUACAUUUUACUCACGCCAAUAACACGGCCAUACACAGCUCGACAAAAGUGGAUGAUACCAUACGAUAUCUAAGUUUACACGAUAACAAAUAUUUGAGGUACUUUCCGGGCCAUACCAAAAAGGUUAUCUCGUUGUGUAUCUCACCCGUAGAGGAUACAUUCCUUUCGGGAUCAUUGGACAAAACCCUACGUCUUUGGGACUUGAGAUCUCCAAAUUGCCAGGGUCUUAUGCAUUUGUCCGGACGACCAAUUGCCGCAUACGAUCCGGAGGGCCUAAUUUUUGCAGCCGGCGUCAAUUCCGAGAGCAUCAAGUUAUACGAUUUGCGUUCUUUUGACAAGGGUCCAUUUGUGACGUUUAAACUAAACCAGGAAAAGGAAUGCGAUUGGACAGGACUGAAGUUCUCACGGGAUGGAAAAACCAUAUUAAUAAGCACUAAUGGAUCCGUUAUACGUCUGGUAGAUGCCUUCCAUGGCACUCCGCUGCAAACAUUCACCGGCUAUCCAAAUAACAAGGGAAUCGCGAUUGAGGCAAGUUUUAGUCCCGACUCACAAUUUAUCUUUUCGGGCAGCACGGAUGGACGUGUUCAUAUCUGGAAUGCGGAUACCGGCAAUAAGGUUUCCGUUCUGAAUGGUGAUCAUCCUGGACCAGUUCAAUGCGUACAAUUCAACCCCAAGUACAUGAUGUUGGCCUCGGCGUGCACAAAUAUGGCUUUCUGGUUACCCACAACCGAAGAAGGCAUAUAAGAAUGAUUAUAUUAAUUUUCGUGUGUCUAGUUUAAGUAUAAAAGUAGGUGUAUUUAAAUCAUAAAUAAUAAUUGUACAAAAAUAUUGCAAUCUAA